AUGUCAGCACAUAAACAAGCAGGUAUCUCAUUAAACAAGGCUUUCGCCAUUGCUGCACAAACUUUGAGAAACUCAUUGAAGCCAGAAUUCAAGGCUGCUGCUGAAAGAAGAGGAUUUGUUGAAGCCAAAGUUGCGGUUUACGAAAAUGGUAAAGCUAGUGAACCAAGAGAAUUGAAACCAAUUGACAAAUAG